UGCACUGAGCGGUUUCCGUGUUGCGUAAAUCAGAUCUCAGGUUCGCCGUAACAGAUUUACGGUAGAUCAUACGGCGUUCCAGCCGACGUGCUCCGCAUUUUUCGAGCCAUGACCAAGUUCUUCAACUUGCAGCAUCCUCCAGAGGAGAUAUGGUGUUAGAACUGCACAUAUGGGGCCCUGCAUUUGAUCUGCCCUCUAUUGACGCCCAGUGUCUCGCCACCACCCUCUAUUUACAACAGUGUGUUCCUCAAGACGGAUGGGUUCUGAUCCCAUCGAGCGAGCCUAGGGUGAGCCCACUUGGGGAACUCCCAGCCUUACGCAAUGGCGACACCUGGGUUGCUGGAUUCGGGACGAUAGUCUCGUAUCUACGGGAUACCUCGGACGGCAAAUGGGACCUCGACAAGAACUUGGACGAAAGUCAACGAGCCGAUAGUGCAGCAUUUUCAUCCUUCAUUGAGUCCCGGGGCCAGCCUCUACUCGAUCUAAGCCUCUAUGUGAGCAGCGACAACUAUUUGAGUUGCACUAGACAAGCACUCGCAGACAUCUUGACGUGGCCAAGCAGUUGGACCAUCCCACAUCAGUUACGAGACAAGGCGAAGACGAGGUCAGAACACCUUGGGCUGAGCAGUUUAGAUGUGGACACUGCGCAAGAGGACAAGAAGGAAAAUGUCGGGCUGGCUGCGCAUAUUCCUAAAUCUUUGAGAAAGCCAAGGGAAACAGUCAGUGGGCUUCUGGGACGGAAUGCGCAAAAUACCAGAUUUAGGCUGGACGCUGUUACUUCCGACUUCCUCGAGCCAAUGGAGGAAGCUUUAGCAGAGAAGAAUCAUUUCUUGGGAGAAACGGUGACCAGCUUGGAUUGCCUUGCUGCGGGCUAUCUCGCUCUUAUGGCAAGGCCAGAUCUGCCUCAAGGAUGGUUGAGAGAAGCGCUUCGGACAAAAUAUUCCAGACUACACCGAUGGACAGAGCUUCAGAUAGAGGCAUCACUGGGAACACAUAUCGACGCCGACAAAGCUUUGGGUCGAAAGAAGGGGCUGGAUUCGAGAAAACCAGUCCUGCCCUGGCAGGUCCCUGGCGACAAAAGUCUGGGGCAACUCUGUUACGCAAUCAUCGAUGGAUGCGUUAGCGCUUUUCCGGUGAUAGGGUUGACAUAUACUGUUUCGGAGGUCAAAGGUGACCAUGCUAGCAGCGACGGUCGAUACCGACGGAAGCAACUGAGACUGACUCGACUUCAACAUCGAAGAGACUUGUAUGUCGAGAUUCUCGCCUCCACUUGUGCCGUCACGGGUCUUGUGGGCUGGCUGUGGUACAAAGGCAUGCUUCAACUCCCACGGCGAACGCCCAAGGGACGGACCUUUGGCGAAGCAGGUGCUCUGUUCGGAUUGGCCUAAGACAGGUCGCCUCCUUGUCACAGCCACCUUUAGCAUAUGAAGUAUGCGGUGGGCGGACAGACCAGGACACAGGGAAAGAAGCGUCUAAGCACAGAUCUUGACCGCUGCGCGACCUGACCCACAGCGUGAAAGACUUGUCGACCCUCAUCUGGC